AUUCGCAGGCGGACCUACCCAUGACUGCAGGACAGCACUUGUCCUUAAUCUGACAUGAACUGUCGUUUCUUACAUCUUUUACUCUAAUUCCGCUUUAGCAAUAAGUCUAUUCCAACAGCACAAUGUCUCUUGCGGCAGAGGCUUUCGUGACGCAGAUUGCAGCUGCUGAACCUUGGCCAGAAACUGCAACCUUGUACCAACCCCUUAAAGAGGAUCAGGUCCUGCUCUCAGACUGCGCCUCAUCGCUCGCUGUUCAGACUUACCUCAGGAUGUGUGGUCUUCCCGUGCAGGUGGUUUACAGAUCAAAUGCUGAGUACAUGUCACCAUCUGGUAAGAUUCCCUUCAUUCAUGUGGGGAACCAGGUGGUGUCCGAGCUGGGGCCGAUAGUGCAGUUCACCAAAGCUAAGGGCCACUCUCUGAGCGACGGCUUGGACGACGUCCAGAGAGCUGAGAUGAAAGCGUACAUGGAGCUGGUCAACAACAUGCUGCUCACUGCCGAGCUUUACAUCCAGUGGUGCGAUGAUGCCACGGCUACUGAGAUCUCUCGUCCCAGAUACAGCAGCCCUUACUCGUGGCCUCUCAGCAGCAUCCUGGCCUAUCAGAAGCAGUGGGACAUUCGCAGGAAGAUGAACGCCAUCGGCUGGGGAGGGAAAACGCUCGACCAAGUUUAUGAAGAUGUGAGUCAGUGCUGCCAGGCUCUUUCCCAGAGGCUGGGAACACAACCCUUCUUCUUUAAUAAACAGCCCACGGAGCUGGACGCGCUGGUGUUCGGCCACCUCUUCACCAUACUGACCACCAGACUGACCAGCCCCGAGCUGGCCGAGAGGAUCAAGAGCAACAGCAACCUGCUGUCCUUCUGCAGGCGCAUCGAGCAGACCUACUUUGAAGACAAAAGCUCCUGAAGGACUGAACAUACCUUCUCUUGUCUUCUCACCUUGUACAUUCUGCAUUUCUUUCUCUCAUUCCCCUUGUUGUAGCGCAGAGGAGCUGAAAACAUGUCCAUCCACUAACCCCCCCCUCCCCGAGUCCCCCUCCUCUCCGCUUGCUUCUUGCUUGUACAUUGUUGCGUGCAGCUGCUGACACUCGAGGAAUCAAGCUGUGCCAACAGCACAUGAUUGGGAUCACAGUACCGUAAAAUCUCUGUAAAUGCCACAACUAAGAGUGAUUAUCUGCAUAUUUAUGUAUCUAAAACAGCUACGAUAAACACAUUUUUGGGGGGUCAUUACGAGAACAUGCGACGUACACACACACGCGUCAGCUGAAACGCCAGUAAAUGAGUAGCAGAAGAUCAAAAGUACAAGCAGUUAAUUAACCCCCUGAACACGACUGCCAAAGCUUGCGGAGAUUACGUGUCGUGCUCAAGGGCACAUCAGCAGGAGGAGCCUUUCAUGAAACAGAGACAUCGAUGAAUUUGUUUAUUCUGUACUUUUCCGUAAUUUGCACUCUCUUCCCCUGGAAAGCGGUCUCCUUUUCCAUAUACAAUGGUGCGUUUCCAAUCACCCACACUCUCCGGAGGCUCAGUAUGGAUUUCCCAGCUGUGUGACACGGCCGCCAUCCAGAAGGCAGAACUCCACUUGACCCGGGUCAGAGGUCAAAUGGCAAGUAGUGUUGUUCUUCCUGAGGACUCGCAGGCUCGUAAGAAAUCUAUAAACGUGUGGGUAUAUCUUUGAAAUCCAGAGCUUUAAUGUGUAAAAAAAAAACAUGAACAUAAUGAUGAAGAUGUGAUUUACUUCUAAGUUUUUCCACGUUACUUUGUGUUAAUGUAAAGUGCCUCUGUAUUAAGACACUUAGCACAGAAGAGGUUCUGUCUCCCCCAUUAAAAAGUCUGACUUGA